ACUUAUCCAUGUGUAUAGGGACUGACAUAACAAGGGACAUAAAUGACAAAUGGUAAUUUAAUGUUAUAUACUCGUAGGUACGAUUGAAAUUGCAAUGAUAUUGGUCUGACAGGAACGGCAAAGAAAGUGAGCACACUCCCGUACUAUUAGGAGUCAGUGCUUAUUCAUGCAAUUGCCAAGAUAUCUUAAAGUUUCUAUCGAUAAUUUUUCUUUUCUGUGUGAAAUUAUAGAAAUCAUCUUUUCAAUUGGUAAUAUAUUAUCAUCUAUAGGUGAUGAUGACAGUGAUUACGAGAGUACCACUACAACAAGCACCCUUCUUGAAAGAAAAAUACAACGGCUUAUAGCUCAACAAGAAGAGCGGGAAGCCAGAAAGGAAGCAAAAGAGCAAAGAGAAAAAGAGAAAGCAGAAGCACGACAGGCAAGGAGGGAAGCGAAACAGGCUAGAAGAGAAGAGCGUCUCGCAGAACGUCUUGCCAGGCGUAUCGCUAGACGAAUGCGUCGUCGUGGCCAAACUGUCAAUAACAGCUCUGAGAACAGUAACAGUUCUGAGAGUGUCAUCAGUGGCAGUGAGGACAGCGGUAUCGAUGUCAGCGAAUCGGUUAAUUACAGUGCUGAAAGUAACAAUACUAAUAUUUUUUUUUAA